UAGAAAUAACAGCAUGGGUCGCAAAAAGACUGUAUUUUUUAUGAUCCAGUAAUUUCCGCAAUGUAUCUAAACUAAGAACCAGCGAUUUCCUUGGUCAGCAGUUGUGCAUUACGAGAUAUGACCGGAACUUGCAUUGGUAACUCGUGACUGUGUCAGCAUUAGGUCAUCUUGUCAUAUUUUCCUCCAGAUUUCCACGUCGCUGUGAAAUGAAUGAAGAAGAGAAGGACUACUACUGGCAGUUUGAGAACAAYUUGAUGUGAUGGGAGCCGUAACAGAGACUGGUGAGCUGUAUUCAGCUCCGGUUGCUUUCAUUUAUAUCUUCAAUUUAAUCAUUGGAGUUGGAGCAUUAACGAUGCCUAAAGCUUUUGCUGCAGCUGGAUGGAUCGUCUCUACAAUAGUCAUUUGUAUACUCGCUUUUAUGAGUUUUGUUACAUCAACGUUCAUGGUAGAAGCAAUGGCAGCAGCUAAUGCAGUUUUAAGAAUAAAAGAAAAAAACUGGGGUGCUAUAAAUGGUGAGAAAAGCACAACAACCAGUCAAGAUGAAGAGAUAUUUAGGGAAAAUGAGCCAUUAAUUAACUUUACAAGAGUAGGACAAAAACCAAACUUGUAUGACAUCACUACACGGGUUGAAAUGGGUCAAAUGGCAAGGAUGUUUUAUGGUAAAAGUAAUAUGCAGGAUUCUACUGGAAGUCAUCCAGCAGCGCCAAGUAAUGCUACUAAUCAUUCACAAUGGAAAAAUGUAAGCUCUGACUCCAGUGAAGAUCACUGCUGGGGAAAUAUCUCAAAAGAAAAUGUUUAUAGAAUAUAUCUGUUGAUGUUCACCGUGACACUUGGUCCAUUUGCCUUCUUUAAUGUACAGAAAACCAAAUAUCUGCAAAUGCUGACUACAGUCAUGAGAUGGCUAGCAUUCUCCAUGGUCAUCGUGCUGGCUGUACUUCGAAUAUUCAAUGGCAAAGGAAACAAACAUGUUAGCGCKGCAAAUUUCAGCGGAGUACCCAAUCUGUUUGGGGUGUGUAUYUAUGCUUUCAUGUGCCAGCAUUCUCUUCCAUCGUUCAUCACUCCAAUGAGAGACAAGUCCAGAGUAACUUGCAUCUUUUCCUUGGACUUUGGGAUUAUUCUACUGUUUUAUGCUGUCAUGUCAUUCUCUGGAAUGUUUGCUUUCAAUGACCUGAAUGAUCUGUACACACUUAAUUUCCAGAACUACACUCCGUUUAUCCAUUACUUCCUUGCACUUUUUCCAGUUUUUACAUUAAGCACGAACUUUCCUAUCAUCUCUAUUACUCUCAGAGAUAAUCUGAAGAAUCUGUUUUAUAGAGAAGGUAGACAAUAUUCGUGGACUGUGGACAGACUGAUCUUUCCUAUAGUCACAAUCAUACCUCCUAUUGGAAUAGCCUUUGCUACACAAAAYCUAGAGAUGCUUGUAGGCAUCACAGGCUCAUAUGCUGGUGCCGGUGUACAAUAUGUCAUUCCUACUACGCUAGUCUACUGCGCAAGAAAAGAAAUCAGRAGUUUGAUUACUACGUAUAACAAUAAGCAUAGGUCGAUAUUUCGACAGAGGUCUUGGUUAUUCUUCGUGCUGGUGUGGACUGUUAUUUGUGUAUGUUUUGUAUCAGCCAAUCAUAUCAUUACUAAGAAGUAAUUUCGCGCUUUCCCAGCAAUUGAAUUARGUGUCUAACCUCUUCGAAAUUAUUACCAUUUUCACCCUACCCCGCCUCCCAGUAAUGUUUUAGAUUUUUCUAUGCAUUUCGGGUGAAAACGGUCAUCGAUAACAUACUUCAUUCUCAAUAUACAAGUUCUAUUUGCAAUUUUCAGUUCAAUGAUAACAAUUAUACGUAAUAUAAAAAUAUGAGCGGGGAGAGCUGUAAACGAGCAAUUUCAAAUCCCAUAAUGGUCUCCCGCUCAUAUUUUAUAUUCAUUAUUGCUUAUCAAAUUCCAACAUAAGCUAAAGCAUAUUUUGCUUAGAACCUAAAGAUAAAGAAAAUCAAAGUUAAAGUCGUAUGCAAAUCAGGACAAAUCUCUUGCUCAUAAAGAUGCGGUUGAUCUUCCAUUGUGUUUACCUUCUGAAUUAUUAAUGAUUUGAUAAUAAAAUUUAGAAUGAAAGCGAAGAAGCGAAAUAACAUGAAAAAUAUUGUUUUUGCGCUGCAUUAAUGACAAGUUGAUUUGCAUAUUAAUUUUAAAUAAACAUUCAAUUCGUUGAUACAA